AUGCUUCCUGUGGUGGAAGGAAGCGAUCGAUUACCCGACUGGUUGAACGAUGAGUUUUUCUUGCGGGUGAUUCGUGAAUUUACACACGAUUCCGCAGCUCGGCUGUGUCACGGAUGUAAGCUGCGACCAGGAACGAAGCCCGGUGAACGAUUCGCAAGCGCAAUUUUCCGGACAACCAUACACUAUCGCUCCCGUUUGGGUAAGGAAGCGUCGCUGGAUGUCAUCAUAAAGACUAAACCACUCUCGGGCGGCCUCCAGCGUGAUGAACUCGAUGGAAGUGACCUUUUUCUCAGGGAGAUGCGCAUUUACAGCAAAGUGCUACCAGAAAUCGACCGAAGGUUGCGCGAAAUCAACGAAACAUUCAGCUAUCCCAGGCUGGUGUUUGCUGCCGAGUCCCCUCAAACGGUUCUGAUUCUGGAAGAUGUGAGUGGAAAAGGCUGGGAAACUGGCUCGUACCUAACGUCCCUGGAGGAUGUGCUCCCUGCGAUCAGAUCUAUCGCCAAAUUUCAUGCUGCGUCUGUCGUGAUAGCACAAGACGACCCCCUCUUUAGCAAGGAUCAUCGAUGUGAUGUAGCUAAAAAGCUGAAAGCUCUCGACGAAAUGCUGAAGAAAAGCUUUACGGACUUACUGGGCUUCAUGCGAUCUACCGCCGGCUUCGAACAGUUGGUUCAACCUGUUGAAAAGCUGCAAACGACCCUCUUGGAUAAGAUGAUUGAAACCUACGGUCCUUCAACGGAUUGUCUGAAUGUACUCGUCCAUGGGGAUUUUCAUUCGAAAAAUCUGCUUCACCAGUACUCCGCCCAUGGGCUUGUCCGAGACACUAUGCUAAUCGACUAUCAGAUAUGUAGCUGGACGACGCCAGCCAUUGACUUGUAUUACCUGCUCGACACGAUCGUAGAUCAUUCGGUUAAGGAACGGCAUCGAGAGCAAAUGAUAUAUCUGUACCACAGCGAGUUUCAUCGGGUUCUACGCCGACUCGGAUGGCUUGGUCGCGUCACCACACUACAAGAGCUACACGUGGAGCUCCUCCGGAAGGCUGCACUGGAGCUAUUUCAUUACGUGGCGCUUUAUCCGUAUCGAUUCGUUGACCGUUCGAAAAUUGAUUUCGAGGCACUUCUGGCGGGAAAGGCAGAAAAUCCCGCCGCUAGCAGCGCAGUGUACCAGCGCGUCAUGAGAUCAGAACUGACACGAUUACUGCACCAAGGUGUGAUGAAGCCGUAA